CCCCUCUUAUGCACGCCGCUAAGAACGGAAAUCUUGAAGUUGUCAACUUACUUCUCGAAAGGGGUGCCAACGUAAAUGGAAUUCAGACUCAAGACUCCAGUAUUGAGGAUGGCAAUGAUCAAGACUCAGAUGGUAUCACCGCACUGCAUCUGGCUGCUGAAUAUGGACGCGAAGAAACAGUGAAAUUUCUCGUAAAUCGGGGAGCGAAUGUUAAUGCUGAAACUAGUGAAGGUCUCAUUCCUGCUCACGAAGCUGCAACAAGUGGGCAUACUCAAAUCGUUAAAAUACUGAUAGAUGCUGGUGCUAAAAUUAAUGCAGAAUAUCGUGACUAUCUGGACAGAGAAGUAGAUCUCCUUGUGAUAGCUCUCCAAAAGCAUAAUAAGGAGCUUUUUGACUUCCUUUUAUCCCGCCGUUCCGACUUAAACAAUAAAUGUAUCACAAGAGCUUUCUACUUUGCGUUGACAUCAGAAUCCAAGUUUUGCACUGACAACCUAUGCCACAUUUGUCCGGAUGGGUUUGUUUUUAAUGAUGAAAAUUUACAAAAUGUAGAUAUGGUAAUUUUGCUUUUCGGGGCUAUUCUUAAGGAUCUACCGGACCUCGUUGAACAGCUGCUAAAGCGAGGAGUCGAUGCCAACAGUUCUAAAUUGGCUAAUAACGUUCGUAUCACCGCGCUGGAUGCAGCGGCCGCCGCAAAUUUUGAUGGUAAAAUAGUGAGGAUGUUAAUUGAAUAUGGAGCGGACGUUGACUCAGUCGGUGAAAAUAAUGGUACAUUCCCUUUGUUGUUCGCUGUCCUCGGUAAUAAUAUUAACGCGUUGAAGGCUUUAAUAAGCAAAAAAGCGAACUUUCGGGAAAACUCCCUAGUUCUCUUCGCUGCCAUUUUUCAAUCCAAUCCACAAAUAUUGGAAACCCUCCUUCUGAACGGACUUGAUCUCAGCGUUCGGAUGGAGACAGAAGUCUCUGCCGGACUUGCUUCUGUGAUGGUUACCGAUCGACGAAAGCUUAGAAUGAUCCUCAAAUUUGGAUCUUAUCCGAGAAAUUCAGAAAAUCAUUCUUUCUCCGUAUCUCAACCGAGCAAUUCAGAACUCGGAAAUUGGCCUGAAAGUCUGUUGAUUAUACGUUCAGCGAUGACGAUCGGGCGUGCAGAAAAUAUUCAGACUUUCCUAGAUUUCUUUUUCCACGAUGUUUAUUGUGCCCGUAGCCUGUUGUGCUGUCGCCAACACACCCCGGCGCUUUCAAAAUGGAACAGCGCGAUUGGGCACCAAAUUGUGAAAAUGAUCUCUGCCGGACUUCUUGACGGGUGUGAAAUAGUUCAUGUUGCCUCUCUGUUGGGAAGCGCAGAAUUAGUCGCCGAUUAUCGAUCGAGUUGUAAAACGGAGGUAAGAAGUAUGAAAAAUACCAGAGUCCCAGGCACGAACAUAUCGUUCUAUGAUAUUUUGAUACAGGACGUUGGUUCUAUUUCUAAGUAUCUGCGGAACGAGAACAUCCAACGAGAAUUCCAAACAUCAUCUUACAAAGCCCAAUUCCCGCUGUAUGGAAGCAUUUUAGAAUGGCAGCUGGAAAAAGGCGCUCAUCGCAGGUUUCUCGUAAACAGGGGUAUUCGUAUAUUUACCGUAUUGUUCAAACAGUUUUCUACGUUACCUUUUGACCUCAAGGAGAAGAUCGUCGAUCUACUAGACAACCAAGAUCUUCACAUGCUGGUCUGCGUUUAGCUAAGGAACGACGCGGAUGAUCUAACAGUUUGUUUUCACCCCUAUUUUACGGAAUAAACAUUUAAAUCGGUUCGUCACAUAACAUGUGACGUACCGUCUUCAGCAGAGGAUCCGCUUCAAAUUGUUCAUUUUUUUACAUUUUUCCUAUCUUUUAUUAGUUUUUGAUGUUCCAUGUCGUAUGUUAUACUUUUCUUUUUUCAUUGUAUAUUUUAGAUUUAUUAACGUUUUUGCUGUCCUUUUUUUAAUUAGUGAAUAUUUGUACUACUUUCUCAUUGCCCAGUUUUCAAAAG